GGAAAAAAGGCGAGCUGGCGAGCUGGGGAGGAGGAAUGCUCCAUCUGCCCUGUGCUCUGUGACCGAGCCUUCAUCCUGGGCUGUGCCUGGAAGAGCACAUCUCGUGGCGGCUUCCCACUAUUGCAAAGUGGAGCAGACGCCAGAAGACAAUAAGGACUUGUCCUCCUAAGACAUGACUGGUCUACAUUAAGUGUCUGCCCCGGACUGCACCAUCCCAGCCAUGACGCCCGGCACCGGUCAUUGAGAGGAGCAAAUGUUCAUCAUGCUCUCUCCUCUGUGCGGCCGGGCACCUUCACAUCUUAUUUUAGCAUCGCUCCUCGUGUGAGUGUGUGGACCUCCUCCCUCCUUGGAAAAUGAAGCGUGGGUCGAGCGCUUUACGCCCUCCUCCUCCACCUCCGGAUGCGGCCCAACGACUCACACAGUCGGUAAACAUGCACACACACACUGACCACAGAGCUGACAGGCCGCACGAGCAUUCCAACAACAGGCUGGACACUCGUGCCGCAAGUUCGAGCCCCUUUCUGGUAGCCACCUCUCUCUUCAGCCCUGAUGUCAGCACCAAGAUGGCGUCUGACCUUCUCAUCAGGCUGUCAGAGGCGACCCAGAAGGCCCUGGUGCAUCCUGGAAGUGGAGCUGAGGCUGAGAGACGAGAGGCCUUGCCGGAGGGACAAGGGGGGCAGCAGGACGAGCCUGGCCCGGCUCUGUCCCCGGACGGCCCCGGAGCGAGUCCCAAUCCGCCCUCGCUCACGCUCACUCCUGAUGGGGACGCCGCAACGGACACGUUGGCUUCGGACCUCCUGAGGAAACUGGCCGAGAGUCAGGUCGUCACCCCGCCAGGCGUGAAGGUCAAAGAGGAGGAGGAGUCCAUGGAAAUCAACACGCUAACAAUGUCAGAUCUCAUAAGAGACUCUCCAAGCAUAAGAGGCCGCCAUCUUGUCGCCGUCAAAAGAGAACCGCUCAACUGGAUGGGAAUGGCAGAUCCACGUGGGAUGUGUGCUGCAAGCUGCCGAGUUCCUGACAGCGGGCUUACAGAUGGGCCGCUCGCAGUCAAACAGGAGAAGACGGUCCUCAGCAGACACAUGGAAGAGGAGACCCGAGACAAGUUUUUAUCUGGAGUCAGCACAGAAGAGCAGCUUUUCUUUGGAGACCAGUUGUGUUCUGGAGCCAAAAUGGUGGAGCAGUGCCUGCGGGCGGCGCUCUGGCAGGACAUGUCUGUCAACCUGGCGUCCACGCUGCUUUACCAGCUCUCAGGUAGACACACACUCAAUCCACUUGUCAAUCCUUUCUUCACGUUGUGUUCUUGGUGUCCAGAGCGUGUCACUAAGUCCAACAGUCUGCCGGCACAAAGGACAAGCCCCCCCACCAGCAGUCUAGUCCUAAAGGCAGAGCCAACAUGGACCAGCCGCCCUUUGGACUCUCCCCAUGGAAGUUCAAGCAGCAUUAGAAGUGGCAGCUUCUUCUACAGGUGUCACGUGUGUGGCUUCGAGACCGAUGGGCGCCUUCUAUUUCACAAUCACAUGAUGGAGCACCGACAACGGGAGCGUGGCUCCUUUUCACUACGCUGCUGCGUGUGCGACCACUCGACCACGCAGGAGGCGGCUAUGAAGGUGCACGCCGACACGCAUUUGCUGGUGGGAGUCAACAGAUGCCCCUUCGCCCCUCCUGCCAGUAGUGCACCGACAGUUGCCACGGCAACCCCGCUGGAGACGAGCACCUCAGAGCAUCGCUGCCGCAUCUGCCAGAGGUCGUUUCCAGGGCAACAAGAGCUGCUGGUUCACUUCCAGGGUCAUCGCCAAGGCAACCAGUACCGCUGCGAGCGCUGCGGCCACCUGACACGGACCGCCAAUAAGCUGGUGGAGCACGUGCGCGUGCACACGGGGGAGCGGCCCUUCACCUGUGACCUUUGCCCCUACAGCGCCAAGCGGCGGGACAGCCUGCGUCUGCACUGCAAGGUCAAACACGCAUCGCGUGGCGUGGCCACCACGAGCGCCGCUGCCACCAGUGUGCACACCCACCGCUCCUACGCGCACGGAAAUGACCCCAGCAAACAUGUGGGGCGGCUUCACAGUGACGUGGAUGCCGCACACACCUCUCUUCCUCCCUCGCUAUGCGAUGGAGGCUGGAGGCGGGAUUUGUCUCCUAUGGUGUCAAUCACCACGCUGCUCGCGGUCAAAGCUCGCUCUCCUGCACCGCCCUCCUACUCCCCCUUUUCUUCCAACAAACUUUCCUUCCUGGGCUACCUUGGCCUGACGUCUUUGUGAACGUCUUCUUCUGACCUCUUUUCUCAUGGCUGCAUGUCACCACUGCUUUUCACCUUUUUGCUCUCCUUGGUAUCUUCACCUCCUUGGCUGCUCAGGACUUGUUGAGCGAUGGAAGUAAAGCUCACUACCAUAUCAAGUCCAUGCAAACGUCAUCAUUGACGUUUGUUAGCAUUGUACUUGCUAUGCCUGCUUUUAGCCAAUCCUGACUCCUUUUAUUAUCGUUAGGACAAAAAGGUAUUCCUGAGUCUAAAAUGCAUAUAUUAUACAAGUACAAAAUAAUAUGUAAAUGUUUUUAAUUGAUUAUAAAUAAACUGUAUAUUAUAAAUAGUUUCUUAUUUGUAAGUUCAUAUUUAAUUUUAGUAUUUAUUGUAUAAAAAUAAAUUUUUCAAUAAUUAAUGUGUUUAUUUUUAAUUAAUUGAUUAUUAACACAAUUUUACUUGUUUUUUGUAUGUACAGUGGUCCCUCGCCACAUCGAUUCGAUUUUUUGGGGGGAUAUUUAAAAAAAAAAAAAAUUCAAGCAUGUUCAAAAAACCUUUGGGUCUUAAAGCAUUUUCAAGCAUAAAAUGGCCUAAUAAACUGAAAAUGUCAAUAUUACAGUAAUAAUGGCCAUUAUAUGAGACAAGAGCACGCAGUAUUUUGGCCACUGAUUGGCUCAGCCUAAGGCUGCAUUACUAUAUUGGAUUAAAAGAAAGGUGACUUAAGGGUGUUAUUUCAUGUGUAGGAGGCUCCCACAAUGUUGGAAACCUACCUUAAUUAGAAGAUCAUACAUAUUUUGUAUGCUCUAGCUAUGAAAUAUUUGAUUUAUAAUGAGUGAUUCCCACUUAAUGGAAAUUAAUUUAUUGUGGGCAUGUUCAAAACCACUUAACGAGGAUAAACGAGGGACCAGUGUACUGUGUGUGUAUGUCUAGACUUUUGGGACACGGUGUAUUGUCUGCCAUUCUUGGGAAAGCCAGCUUCCAAAUGAGCGCAAUGGGAUGUAUUUUUGCUGACAAGACAAAUAUGUCGUUCAAACAAAGCCAUGGUGCAAAUGUUUGUGUUUUUUAGCCACAGCUAACCAUCGUUAGCAUGAAUGUGAUUAUCAAGGACUAUCAUCUCAUCAGUUUAUUGAAACUGCCUGACAUUUUAUAAAAAAGAUCUUUUGUUAAGUUGACACUUUGUAUCUUUCAAAUGUUUCGCUGACAAGCUUCACUAGCGUCAUCGAUUGCUCAUGUUGGAGCUUUUGAAGGACAGACAUGCUCCUUUUAAUCUUUGUGUUCGAUAUUAACACUCGUGUGCACUUUGUCUGCUUGCUGACACAAAAAGUCGAGUCAUUGUAGAAUUUUGACAUCUAAUGAUUGUUUCUUUGCUUGUAUUAUUUUCACCACUGAGCUAACGGAUCCAGCACGCGCAGCUCUAAUCUAUACCACGGUUGGCCUCCAUCUAGUUUUGGCUGGAUCUUGUUUGCUUUUGCUUGAUCAAUAAAGUGAAA